AUGUUGUCGGGCAUUACCUUUGAAAUAUUUCUGUUUAAUUUUGAGAUAUAUCAUGAUUUUUCUUCCCCCCUCCUUUUUUCUUUAGCCAUUCGCAUCGUGAUUGCUUGUGGAAUUCCGUCAAUGACAAACUCUUCAGUGCAGCAGGUUGGUUGCCGGGUAACAUACAUAUGGCUUUCUGGAAAGGAUUCGCAUCACGAUAUUCGCAGCAAGGACAGAACCAUAUAUAUUUCACCUGAUGAUUUGGAAAAGGACCCCAAAGAGCUUCUCCGUUUGGAUAUGUUCCCUGUAUGGAAUUUUGACGGUUCCUCAACAGGUCAAGCUGAAGGAUUAAUAACUGAAAUUCACAUCAAGCCUGUAAAUGCGUACCACUGUUGCAUUCCCCGUGCUUCCUCUUCAGUACCAUGGAUAGUUGUACUCGCUGAAUGCUUUUUACCGACCGGCGAACCCACACCCGAUAACUCGCGGGCGGUAGCUCGUCGCAUAUUUGAUAAAGGGCUCGGUACCCAUCCAUGGUUUGGGAUGGAACAGGAAUAUUUCUUGGUAAAAGACGGACAUCCCUAUGGUUGGUGUCCCACUUGUCCCCCCGCGUCCCAGGGACCUUACUACUGCGCAACUGGCUCUGAAUGUAUCCGAGGUCGGAAACAUGUUGAUUUGCAUUAUGAGGUUUGCCUGCAAAUGGGACUCAAGAUAUGUGGCACAAAUGCUGAAGUUGCAUUUGGACAGUGGGAAUUUCAAGUCGGGCCGUGCGAAGGGAUCGAAAUGGGUGAUCAGCUUGUUGUGGCUAGGUGGGUGUUGCUACGAAUUUUGGAGCUUGAAGGGUUGGAUGCAGAUUUUCGUGCAAAGCCUAUUUUGGGCGACUGGAACGGUAGCGGACUUCACACCAACUUCUCAACAGAGGCCACUCGGGCACCGGGUGGUUUGGAAGUCAUUUAUCAAUAUAUUGAAAGAUUAAAGGAAACUUCGUCCAAGGAUAUAAUUUUUUAUGGAGUUGACAAUAACGAGCGGUUAAUAGGGAAGCACGAGACCUCAAAAUUAAAUGAAACAACGUUUGGAAUAGGUACACGGGGGACCUCAAUUCGAAUUCCUACCGCUGUGGCUGCCGCACAAAGUGGUUAUAUGGAGGAUCGCCGGCCUGCGGCAGGGGCUGAUCCAUACUUGGUGUCAUCAAGGCUCUUUGCAUCAUGCCUAUCAGUGGACGCCGUUGAACUGGAUUUUUCAUCUCCUCGACACGAGCGGGAGUGGAUGGCAAGUACUUCUAAGGUGUAG